AUGACGCCUACGGGAUCGCGCAAAAGAGUGAAGCCCAGCCUUUCUGGUGCGAGUUCACCGUCCCCCGCAUCACCGAGCAAUGCUGCCCGAGACCGCUCGGAUUCCCAGCCUCAAGAACGAGCAAGCUGGUACCCUGGGGCUUGGUCGGCAAUCUCACGAGUGUCUAAAGCAGCCCCAAUUACCGAGGUUGCUCGUGAGAGCAUCUCGGUCGCGCAAAACAUAGCUUCUAGGGCUGCGGACUCCUCGAACAACCUCCUUGAAUCCUCAAAACGAAAGCGAGCGCCAUCUAUCCAACUGAUCAAGAAGGCUGGAGCCUCUACCCGCUCCCUCCCGGCCGAUGUAACUACAACCCGAGUCAACAUUGCUUCAGAUGGGUCAGCUUCUACAACGGCUCUAGACAACUUUGAUAAUAAUUCGUCCACGGAGGAGCCAUUAUCUGACAAGGAAAACCCCGCUACCGUGCCUGUAAACCAGCUCGAAAAACCAGUCGAGGGACAAGAAUUGAGUGUUGACCCUGGUUCCGAGGCCAACCCAUCGCAUGCAGGACAUGCUAGUACUGUUGAGCAACCCAGUGGAUGGUUCUCGUGGGUAUAUACGACAGGGAACUCUGGGAAGCAGCCGGCGGGCGACGUUCAACCUACAGAUUUAUCUGAGGAGUCAUUCGAUAACCCAGAGCCUACGAAUAAAGUGCCACCGACAGAACAAGAGGGAGAGCCAGAACAAAGCCAGGAUCAAGAACCUGACCAAACGCCCGAAGUGACUGAAUUAAAUACAGAUUCCCAAAAACGUUCGUGGCGUCAGAUGUGGUACGGCCCCUCUACCAAGCCAGAAGAACAUACAGCAGAGCAACCAAAUCCUCCCCAAGAACCCGAACAACCAGCAACAAAAGACGUGGAAAUGGCACACAAAGACCCACCAGAUGAACCUGAGGCAUCUGAGCUGCCUCAACCUCCAACUGCAACGACAAAGUCGUCGGGAUGGUCAUUCUGGUCUAAAGACCAACCCAAGGAUGCAGUGCCUGGGAAGCCGCAGGAGGUUGAGGCAGUCGAAGCAACAAUACCGCAGGAUACUCCAUCUCGGUCAACCGAACUUGAACCAGAUACAGAAGCAAAUGUGAAAAUCACACCGAAAGGAAGUCUCAAAAUUAAACCACCAAAAGAUGCGGCCGCAUCUACAGUUCAGACGACCUCUAUCUCAACACCACCCGUUGAGCCCCGGCCUGCCGAUGCUAGUGCUUCCAAGCAGCUGCAAAAGAUUUUGCCGAAUCAGGUGCUACCGAGAUUUGAAGAAACGUACAAUCUAGAAGAGUCGCCUUCUAUUCUACAGUCUCUUGGUCGAUUCCUCCACUAUAGCAAGGGCCCCGAACAUAAGCAUGUAUCCCGCAUAAAAGAGCCACCACGAAUUAAGCGUGCGCUGGCUAUUGGUGUUCACGGCUAUUUCCCUGCUCCCCUUAUCCGAAGCGUACUUGGGCAACCCACAGGAACAUCUAUCCGAUUCUCAAACAUGGCAGCAGAGUCCAUUCGGAAAUGGACAGCGGAUCACGGAUACUCAUGUGACAUUGACAAGAUUUCCUUGGAAGGCGAAGGUCGCAUUGCAGAGCGAGUGGACUUGCUUUGGAAGCUACUCUUGAAUUGGAUGGAAGAGAUACGCAAAGCCGAUUUUAUCUUGGUCGCAUGCCAUAGUCAGGGAGUGCCCGUAUCAAUCAUGCUAGUCGCAAAACUGAUAUCUUUUGGCUGUGUCAAUGCAUCAAGAGUAGGCGUUUGUGCUAUGGCUGGUGUGAACAUGGGCCCUUUCUCUUCUUAUCGUUCUCGAUGGAUCAGCGGAUCUGCUGGAGAGUUGUUCGAUUUUGAACUCCCUUCCAGUAAAGUGUCCAAAGACUACGAAGCUGCCUUAAAAUGUGCACUUGAUUUUGGCGUGCGAAUUUCUUAUGUUGGGAGCAUUGACGAUCAACUCGUCUCACUAGAGUCAUCAUUAUUUUCUCCAAUAGCUCACCCCUACAUCUACCGCUCUGUUUUCGUAGACGGCAGAGUUCAUGCUCCAAGUUUCGUGUCCCACCUCGUCGGCUUCGCACUCAAGCUUCGAAACCUGGGUAUAGCAGACCACGGCCUAAUCCGUGAGCUUAGUAUCCCGCUUGCUGGCAGUCUCUACACCGGCGACGGCCAUUCCCGCCUGUACGACGACGAAGCAGUGUACUAUAUGGCCAUCCAGUUUGCGCUGGAAACCUCCACGGUGGCGGAUGCCUCCCUGAACGUAAAGCGUUCAAGUCCAUCUGCAGCUGCAAACCCCUACAUUCUCCCAUUUGCGAUGCGUGGUCUUCUCGAAGAAGAGCAUGUUCGUCAAGAGUUACAGGAGGAAACUAUGGAGCUUCUACGCCAAUUCGACGACUGGAAACCGUCAAGCAAAGUUUUGAAGGAUGUUAAAUUUCGACUAGAGGGUAUUCGAUCAAAGCUUUAG